AUGGAGGACUUAACACAAAAUUGGACUAAACUUACGUUGUCAGAGAGGGAGGGACCAGGGUGUUGUUUAGAUAAUGAUCUUAGUUCUCAAGACCACAUCAUUGCAGCAAAGUUUCUGACGAAGAAGGCUCUCAACAUUGAUUCAAUAGCUAGAACGUUUACUCCUCUGUGGCGGUUACAAAAUGGGUGCCAGGUUCGCAAUGUCGGAGAACAUAAAGUUCUGUUUUUCUUUGAGAAUGCCGCUAAUGUUGAUAAGGUGCUAAAGGCUGAACCUUGGAGUUUCGACAAACACCUUGUGAUCAUGCAGCGUUAUGAUAAAAGUAAGGUGAUGGAAGAACUUAGGUUCAAUAAGACAUUGUUUUGGUUGCAAGUUCAUGGAUUGCAGUAUCGUUUCAUGAAUAUCAAAGUUGCUGAAAAAGUAUGCGAAGUUCUCAGUCAAGUAAUUCAUUCCUUUGAUCCUACAGAAAUUGAAGGAGGCAACUUCAUGAGGAUAAGGGUGCUAAUGGAUGUCUCGCUACCUCUAUGUUGUGGUCGGGUGAUUUCUGUGGAGAGUGGUAAAAUCAUGUGGAUAUCGUUCAAAUAUGAGCGUCUCCCCAAUAUUUGCUACUGGUGUGGACGUUUAGAACAUGAUGAUAGGGACUAUGACCUCUAG